AUGUUCACAGCACGUCUAAUCCUGUUCUAUAGGUGCCUCCAUACCUCUUCGGCACUCCUGAAGAGCAAGAAGUCGAAUAAACCGAUAUUGUCAUUGGAAGAAUUCUUAUUCAGACAAAGACUAUUGGGUAUAUACAGACAGUUAUUAAGAAUACUAGUUAAAACUCACGAAAGAGAUGAUUUGAUUAAAUUUGCACGAGAAGAAUUUAAAAUAAAUAAUAAAGAAACUGAUUUAAACCAUCGGAAAUACUUGUUGAACCUUGGAUUACAAAGGAUCAAUGACAUGAUGAGAGUUAUGGGAAUAAAAGGUCCAGAAUUUUAA